CUCUCCAGCAAUUAUCUCCCCUUACAUCCGGUAACGUGAAUUUACGCGCAAAAUUCAGAUUGUCCUAAUUGUGCGACACUUUUCAUUCGCCUUCACUCGUUGUGCAUCAUAAUUCGUUCUUUAUUUAUUCUAAUAUCAUUUCGAUGACUUCCUGUCAAAAUAUCGUUGCUUCAGAAGAGGGAAUUAUCCAUAAUUUUACCAUUGAUACAUUUAUUUCUAAUUUAAACGAUGAAACUUAUCGUUUUGAAUACUGCAAAUCCACUUCUAGCAACUGCCAACAGUUGUCAUUAUCGAGACAUAGUCUUUGUAAUUUAUCCUUACCUUCCAUCGGAGAAUGGACGAUAAUUAGCGCAGAAAACAUUAAAGAGAUCUCUACGGGUAAAACUAUUACGUGUGCAUUUUUGCAGUGCUUAGGAGAGCAACAAGUGACUUUUAUUAUCGUGUCUUACUGCUCUGAUAAACUGCUUCCGUUAAGACGUUAUGUUAUUGACACUAAACAACCUGAAUUGGCUGUCACAUCUAAGAUCAAAUCGAUGUGUGAGAAUGUACAGCUUGUGGAUGGGCCUAGUUUAAUGUGGAUUUCAGACUCCCAACUACAGCUUGCUCUUUCGUCCGAUGCGAGUUACGAGCUAGAGUUGAAAACAGUCCGCCUGGAUCGUUUGUUAUACCCAGAACGUUCUUAUAACAACUUUAAAUUACUUUGUUGUUAUGAUUUAAUUAACAUGUCACUUAUAAUCGGUCAUGUUUUCGACAAACACAAAAACAGAAAGAAAUCAGAAUAUUUCGGUGUGAUGUUCAAUCAAAGCUUUAAUUCAUUUCAAACCAUCGACAUUUCUCGAAUCUUACCUUUGGCCCAUUCAGCGACCAUUCAACACCUUUUUAUUACUCACUGUUCAAUGUCUAUUAAAGCUAAACAGCAAGGAUCGAACGAGUGGGCCGAUACAUUACAGGUUCGAAUGUUUGUAUUUACAGAGGAAAGAUAUCUGAUGGAAGUUCACAACGGGAAGCUUUUGAGGUGUUUCAACAUUCCUCAGCCAGAAACCAGUUUUUCUAGUCUGACCACUCUAUACAAGGGUUAUGAAUGUUACUCGCCUAUUCUACACACUUCAGAUUACGAAGUCCACGUGGUAGCUGCACAACUUGACAAGGUAAAAUUUGUUAUCAAAGAUGUUAACAAGAUUUUUGUGCAGGAUUUUCUUCAGUGUGGAACACAGCAGCUAUUGUUUCUGGGUCUUCAUAGCAAUGAGGAAACAGAGGGGUCAGAGUUGGUUAAAUUCUGGCUGCUUACUGAUUUGGAAUGCCAUCACUUUCAAUAUGGUAAUGCUGACUUAAUGAAACUUGUACAGGAUGAAAAUACAGCGUUUAAUGAUGGAGAUUUUUGUCCACCUGCUGUUGGUGAGGUUCUCUUACAGCAAAUACAACAAGAUGUUUUGACACUUGAAGAGAAAAACAGGCUCAUUGAUGCACAAAAUCAAUUUAUAUCAGACAUAUGUCACUUGUUGAAUAGUGAAGGCAGCAGAAGUCUACUCUCUCCAGAUUCUGGGAAUCCUUUUAGAAUGAUGACCUUCAUCAAAGGAUCCCCAAGAGUAGUUGAAACAAAGAGAACCAAACCUGCAGAACUGGAUGUUGAAAUUGUUGAUGCUUGGCAGAAAAUCGUUGGAGAGCAGUGGGUCGUUGGUGUGGAUUUUAAACCUACAGUUUCUAGAAAGUUCCGGAAUGUCUCCCUGUUGGUUAUGUCAGAUCAAGAACAUAACAACAUCUCGGCUUCUGGCAACUGUCUGUUGAAUCACUUGCACACAACAGGAAAGAGAUCUCCUACAAUGACCACCACCACUAGUGAUAAAACUGAUGUAAAACAUUUCUCUGGUACCGAAACCAUUACAUGUACCUUAGACACCUUACCAAAGAUUGGAGUGAAACCAACAUCAAAAUUUCUUGUAUUCUUGCAUUGCUGUGAUUCAAACUGUGAGACAGAGUCUUCUGUGAGUUACUUAGUUCCAUGUGGGGCGGUCAGUUUUGAUCCGGAAACAUUACUAAACAUGAUGCCACUUCACCAGCAGGUUCUUGCUCUCACAGAAUCCAUAUCUACUGAAGAGAUGAAAAGGUCACUGAUUGCCUUCAAUUCCGUCCAAAACUGUUGGAAAUUUAUCAUAAAAUCUCGUCUGACAAAUCUGAUGUCAAUGAAUGACUGGUUUCAGUCCCAGCAAGAACUUUCAUGGUCGUCCCAUCUUGAACGGUUUGCUUUUCUUUUACCUGGAGGACCAUUUAACCAAGUUCAAAUUUCAGUGUCUUACUCUCAUCUUCAUGAGUGUUCCAUUCAUAUUUAUGCUCACAAGGAGUCCUCCAUCCUGCCUGUCCUUCACUUCCUCUACAGCAGACUACCUGAUGAUGUCCUCAUCCUUCCUCAAACUGACCGAGAUAAACAUGAAGUUGUCAACUUCUUACAGACCCUUCAUCACCAACUUCAGGCCACGAGUGAGGUCUUGUUGAAAUUCAGCCAGGACAACAAAGAUGACCUCAACGAGGGGUCUGCCUCACAAGGGGGUCAUCAUGCAAAUGAACCGCGAGAGAUGAUGCCAAGUGCUUUGAAGAAGAUGAGGUAUGAGUGGGAGGCUAAGAGGAAGAAACUUCACAGCCAAUGGACUCUCAGUGGUGACCAACUGAAAGAUUUUGCUGCAGCAUGGCAUACCUUUCGAAAGAGAUCUACAAUUACAUCAGACAUAUUUUCAAAAUCAUAAGGUGAGGGUGAUUGUUGCAGGGUGGUGUUCAGGUAGAGCCGUGGCACAUCAAACAAAUGUUUAAUAGUAUUCAGUUAUGUCUCUUUAAAUUCUAAUUUUUCAAAUUGUGCCAUGGUUAGAUUUGUCUUUCAUCCUUCCGGGGCCUUGUGAGCCAGACGUGGCUUGAGAAGGAGCAAACAACCUGAUAUAAAGGAUUGCCUCCAUACACGUCUAUAGGGGUAGCCAGAGCGUGUGGAUAUCUCCAUGGCAUAUACAGGGCAUGGAAGGGAUUUUAUAGAAAUGGUUUUGUACUUGCUCUGUCUUAAUUCAGACUAAAUGGGAUCCUCACCUCCCUACAUUUGCUUGUGUCUUUCAUAUUCUCUGAUUGUGCAGAUAAGGGUUACUGCUGUUCUAGUCCACAGGGAAGUCAGGGAGUGUUGAUACGUCUGUGAAAACUAUGUAAUAUGGUAGGGAGUUUUAUAGAAAUGAACUAGUAUCUCUCUUUAUAUUCCUAGUCUGUCAGGAGAAGGGCCUUUUUAGGGUAUAAUAAGCAAAUAGGCAAUUAGCUGACCAAGGCACUCUCUGCUGGGACCUGAGGUGUCCUUCCCCAACAGACAUGUGCAGAAAUAUCUGUCAUAUGAUAGCUAUGAUAGCUGUGCAGAAUAUAGUUGAUGAUGAUAAUAAUAAUUAUGAAAUUAUUGUAUACAUUGCUCAGGUGCACCACAACUUGUCAGAAAGUGCGUAUAAAGUCUGGAAAGCGAACAAUGUAUGAGUCAGAUACAUGCUU